ACAUUCAUGGCAUUUUUGGAUCCCCCUGACUCCCAGAAAUGGGCACUCAGCUGUGGUUUAUAAAUAGUUUCAUUUUGGCAAAAACUGGAUUAUUCUUUUCCUACUGGGGCAUGAAACCAUGGGACUGGCUUCUAAGUAAGUAGCUGCUACUUAUCUCCUACCUACUUACCUUGUGAUACUGUAAAUGUUUCCCCAUGCAAAAUAUUCCGGCAGGCGCCAAUAAUUAGAAUAAAAUCCCAUUAAUGGUACAUAUUGUAUACGCAGAACUAGAAUCAAUAUAUCCCACCUUCCAUUCCGCCCAACAGCUCCAACACCCCAAAACAUCAGCCCUGACCAAACUGGCAAGCUUGGGUUUACUUCCCCUUUAAAUUCAAUAAUAUCCCUAUGAAGAAAUGUAAGGCUAAAUUAGACUAGAAGAUGGAACAUAUCAACCCUGAAUGUUAUGACAGCGUGAGAGAGAAAGGGGGAUUUACAGAGGGGUGGGGGGUACGACUCUCCUCCUUGUCAUUUGCUGCUCUCGCUUCUCUAUUCUUUCUCAGACGACUUUCACGUUUGCAGCCACUGAAAUGAUUCGCAGGAGAUUAAAAUCUGUCUCCGCCGGCUCUGCUCACAUUGUCACCAGCAUGACGGAGAUCCCAGGCAAUGGCAACGAGACCUAGAGGCAAGUCGGUGACACCCACCUAUGGAACAGAAUGAAGGGAAAACAAAGGGGGGAGAAUCUAAAGGUAACAAUCAGGGAACCAGUGGAAUAGAUGGGAAAUAUGAAUAGACACAGGAGGAAGGGAGAAGAGCCAAGAGUGCAGCAUGAAUAAUAGCAAGGCAGCUGGCUUUACAUAAUGAGAUGACUAGAACAUGAGGGAAAUCUGUGGGAAUAACAUGGAAAAGGCAAGUGAAAGAUGCAGAUCAAAAGGUGGAAGAGAGAAGGAGUAGGGAGAAGCAGGAAUGGGGGUGCGGGGGUAUAGGAUCCAUGGAGAAAAGAGAAGGAGAGAAGCAAGUAAGUAGGAGCACUCUUCACCUGUUGCCUCAUGGAUGAACAUUGGGAUGGCCCGUAUGGGAAAGGGAUGACACAGAGGUCUUCUCCACAUGGACCCAACAUAUGGGUGGCCGCUUUCCUGUGCUUAAUUAUUCUACUCACCACCUUGGGUAACUCUCUCCUCAUCCUCCUCAUCUUCACCCAGAGGUCACUUCGAAACACUUCCAACUACUUCCUGGUGUCUCUUUUCAUGUCUGACCUCAUGGUGGGACUGGUGGUCAUGCCGCCGGCCAUGCUGAAUGAGCUUUAUGGCAAAUGGAUACUGGACGUGGACUUCUGCUGCAUCUGGUACUCCUUCGACGUCAUGUGCUGCAGCGCCUCCAUCUUGAACCUUUGCGUCAUCAGUUUGGACCGCUAUCUGCUCAUCAUCUCCCCCCUGAAGUACAAACUGAGGAUGACUUCUUGCCGGGCCCUCUGCUUGAUUUUAGCCACAUGGACGUUGGCCGCCUUGGCUUCCUUCUUGCCCAUUGAGAUGGGGUGGCAUGAGCAGGACUUUGAUCUACAGCACAUCAACAUGACUUCUGGGGCAGAGGAGAAGCAAUGCCGCCUCAUUGUCAGUUUACCUUAUGCCUUAGUGGCUUCUUGCCUCACUUUCUUCUUGCCCUCAGUAGCCAUCUCCUUCACUUACUGCCGGAUUCUCUUAGCUGCCCGGAAGCAGGCCGUCCAGGUGGCAUCUCUGGUAACCAAUGUGCCCAGUGCAACCGAGGACCAUGCACAGGUGUUGGUGCUACCGGUGGUGGACAGCAGAAAGUUUGUGACAAAGCACAGUAAGAAAGCGCUGAAGGCCAGUCUGACUCUGGGCAUCCUGCUGGGCAUGUUUUUUGUGGCUUGGCUACCUUUCUUCGUGGCAAAUGUAGUCCAGGCAGUGUGUGACUGUGUGCCCCCCGGCCUGUUUGAUGUCCUUACCUGGCUGGGAUACUGUAACAGCACCAUGAACCCCAUUAUCUACCCGCUGUUCAUGAGAGACUUUAAACGAGCGAUGGGUAAGUACCUGCCUUGCUGCCGACGCUCCCGUGUCAUCUCCCUAUCUAUCCGCAACUCCAACAGUGCCCCUCGCCUGGGUCUCUCGCUGAGGAACGUGCUGACCUUGCGGGGGGAGACAGAAUCCAUGUACUCGGCCACCCUGGGCAAUGAGCAUCUCCUGCCCAACUCCAAGGACCACAGCACCGACCGACUACCUGUGACUGCCGCUGACUCCGUCAACCUUUUCGACCUGGAGCAGGAACUGCAGGUGCAUCACCUAAACACGCCAAUGGACUGAGCCAAUGGAAUGACCCGAUGGAAUGACCCAAUGGACUGAGCCAAUGGACUGACCCAAUGGACUGAGCGAUUGGAAUGACCCAAUGGACUGAGCCAAUGGCAUGACCCAAUGGACUGAGCCAAUGGACUGACCCAAUGGAUUGAGCAAUUGGAAUGACCCAAUGGACUGAGUCAAUGGACUGAGCCAAUGGCAUGACCCAAUGGACUGAGCCAAUGGUCUGACCCAAUGGACUGAGCGAUUGGAAUGACCCAAUGGACUGAGUCAAUGGACUGAGCCAAUGGCAUGACCCAAUGGACUGAGCCAAUGGACUGAGCCAAUGGACUGAUCCAAUGGACUGAGCCAAUGUACUGAGCCAAUGAACUGAGCCAAUGGACUGAGCCAAUGUACUGAGCCAAUGAACUGAGCCCCAGGGAUGGAGGAAUCUUGUUUCUCUAAAUGUCAGACGGAAACAGAGAGCAAAAAACAUAAUUUUAAUAAUGGACUUUUGACUUCAUUUCAUGAUGAUUUGGUUUUAACUGUCAACCUAUAGUACAACAACGGAUAGGGCUGGGCAUCACUCAUAUUUAUUACUGUAUUUUUUAAAAAAUACUCAGGGGGUUAUUUGCUAAACUUAAAUUUAUUAAAUUUCUAAAUUUAUCUGCUCGGUCUCUUUGGGGCAUAACUCAAAACGUUCGAUUUAUUAAAGCCCAAAACUGCAAAAAGCCUGAAUCCGAAAAUCCGCCAUCUCAGACCUGCCGAGGUUGUGUAAAAGUCCAUGGCAGAGGUACCUGUCCUAUUUGGAAGUUUCUGUGGUCUGCGCUGGAAUAAGCCUGAAAAUCUGACAAUUUUUGGGCAAAAUUAUGAA